AUGUCGCCAGAUGAACUCCGGACGAAUGAGACCGCACCGGCGCACAAUGGAAUGGGCACCCCAGACACAGCCAGGGAUUCAAGCUUGUACUCGACUCAAGGGCCAAGGUUGGAAGGCCAGUCCGGUCAGAGUGGCACUCACUGUAUGUAUGCCGUUUUUCUCGCCGCACGGUCGAUGCUGGGCUACAUAUUGCCGAAGCGAAGAAGUCUAUACUACGAACGCAAAAUUUCAUUCUUUCAUCAACGAGCAAAGGGCCGUGUCUCCAGCAUCAAGCCUCAAGUACAGCAGUCGCGGACUUUGCUUGCAAGGAUCGUGGUUUGA